GGCUGACACAAAAACUCAGUGCCCGGGCCCUCCGAAGUUUUUUGUCACGGGGAGCCCAGUCCCUGGUAGAUAUGCCUCUGCAUGAGAAUCUUGCUCUCUGAGAACAAAAAGUAAUCUGUAUGGUCACACAAACUUAUUCUCUGUAAUAAAAAAACAGCACCUUGUAUUUGAGCCAAAGUAAGAUGGCCUGUUGUGCAUAGGAACAGAUUUAGGGCUCUUACACACGGGCGUUUUUGGCUGCGUUUGAUGUGCGUUUGAGACGCAGGUCUGAGCGCAUCUGAGCGCAUUCGCUAAUUGAUUCUAUUAUUUUCUACCUGGUUGUACUCAUGUGCGCUCAGAGUUGCGUUUUACUCCAUUUGCGCUUCAUUGCGUUUUUUGAGACGCAGCAUGUUGCAUUUCUUUGCGCUUGACGCGCGUUUAGAACACCGUAUAAGUCUAUGGAACCGCAAAUAAGCGCCGAAACUUGCGUUUUGAAGCAUUUGUUUCAACCUUUUUGAUGCGUUUAUUCGAGUGUAAUCCGGAAGUACUAAAAACAGGAAGUGGCGCAGGAGUAAAUGUAGAACCAGUUUCAACAAGGCUCGUUUUGGUUUGGAGCUUAUUUGCUGCGCAGUGAGUUGUUGUUGCAUUGUGUGCAGAGAUUCAAGUGGCAUUGUCGUGUUCUUCUGCCAUCCUAGGGAAUUUGGGUAUGUUAUAGCAAGAUGCAUGUAUUGUGUGUUUGAAUGUUGUGCCAUUUGUGUUCUUUUAUUUUGAGUGUUCAUUUGUAUUGUUUGUUUGACCAGGUAAUUUUCUGCAAAGUGUAUUUUGGACUAUGUGCUAAAAUGGGCCUUGAAGAAUUAAUACAUGCAGUAGAAAAGCAUCCAGAGGUCUACGACUCCAGCUUAUCAAGCUAUCAUGAUCGCUAUAAACGCAAGCUAGCAUGGCUAGAUAUAUGUAAGGAUGUAUUUAUGGAUUGGGAGAGCUUGACUGAAACUCAGCAAAAAUUAAAAGAAAAAGAAAUUCAGACUCGUUGGCGGUCUAUACGUGAUCGAUUCCGAAAAGAUUUUCAAGCUUCAAACAGUACAAAAAGUGGAUCGUCACCACAGAGUUUGAAAACUCAUCCAUAUUUUAAGGAACUGAUGUUUUUACAGAAGACAGUAGAAGUGAGAGAAACUUCAACUAACCUUGAGGAAAAUUCUUCAGAGAUGUGCGCUGUUGGUGGGUUAGAUGAGGAAGAGGAAACUGAAUACUCACUACCUUCCCCGUUAGAUAUUGAAAGGUCUGAACCAGAAAAUUCUGCAAAGAAGGCAAAUCCUCCAAAAAAAAUUCUUUCAUCUAAAAAUGCUGGUUGUCGCAAAAAGAGUAAAUCUGAUUCUGCUGACGAAUCAUUUCAAGAUGUGCUGAGUAUUUUAAAUAAUUUACAGAACGAAUUACAUGAACAUCAGAAAGCUAAAGCUAUACAAUGUGAUGAUGAUGAAGCAACUUGCUUUGCUAAAAGCUUGAUUGUUCACAUUAGGCAGGUUCCUGAAAACAAGCUGUUACAGAUGAAAGUUGCAGUCCUUAAUUGUAUAGAUACUUUUAUUAAGAGUUCUGUUAAUCCAGAAUAUAGACCAAAAGAGUAUUCUACACUUCCUCCAGUUGCAGGGCCUCAAAUAUACUCGAACACAUAUGAUUACAGUGUACCAUACCAGAUGUGUACAGAACAAUAG